GAAGGAGAGGAGGACAAGAAAGAGGAGCAGGGGAAGGAGAGCAGAGGGGUGUUGCAGCCAUGUCAGACACACCUUUGCAGAGGAACGGCACCGCCACAGCACCCUGCUCCUCCCAGCUGUUUAAUCACACAUGGCUCAUGCCUAAAAAAGAGAGAGAGGGAGGGAAGGAGAGGACAAAUGGGAGGAGAGACGGAGAGUGCAAGAGAAAGAGUGGGUGAUAGAGACAGAGAGAGCGGCGGGCUGAGUGUGGAGGCACAUGGCCAGUGAAUGAGAGAUCUUUGCUUCCACUCGGCGCAAGCUCCUUCUCCCACUGCCUCCUAUCUCCUGUUGGAUUACUGCUGAGGAAGGACCUCGCCUUCUCGGAUACUCCUCCUUUCCUCCUCUUCCUCUUCUCCUUUUUUCCCUCUCUCCUCCAUUCCCCUGCACCUCUUCACAGAGGGACCCCAGCUCUCGGUUGUCUUCCCAAAGAUCUCACGUCUCUCCUUUCUCCUUUCACCGCCCCCCCCCCUUCUCCCCUGCUUCCCCUCCCUCCCCCUCCCCUCAGGAUGUCGUGUGAGGAGGCUCAGCUCCACAAAGAGAGGCUGCAGGCCUUGGCGGAGAAGCGAAAGCGACAGACGGAGAUUGAAGACAAAAGAAGCCAGCUCGAUGACCUGGUGCUGCAACUGCAGCAUCUCAAGUCCAAAGCCAUGCGUGAGCGAUGGCUCCUCCAGGGAAUGGCAGAGGAGGAUGGGGAGGCACGGCGGAAGCAGCUGGAGCAGGAUGAAGAACAAGGGAAGAGGCUGGAAGACCUGAUACACAGGCUGGAGUCUGAAAUCGGUGCACUUGAGAGUGAAGAGUCCCAGAUAUCAGCCAAAGAGCAGGUUCUGCGGGAACGUCUGAAAGAGACGGAGCGCUCAAUAGAAGACCUGCAGAAGAGUCUGAUGACCCAGGAUGGAGAUGCCACCGGCUGCAUGUCCGCCCCUCUCUCGGACUGCACGGACCCCGAUCCUAACCACCUCGUCCUGGCUACACAGCCGCGGACCGGCCCACCUGCCUCUGGAGAGCACGCCAUACCAAUACCUGCAAUGUUUGCCAUGGAGAUCAACGUACAGCACGACCCACAGACCGGCGAGCAGCGCGUCCUGUCAGCCAACCGCGUGAACCCACUGGAUGCAGCGUCGCGUGGCAUCAAAGUCUAUGACGAUGGCAGGAAAGUGGUCUACGAGGUCACUUCCUCAGGGGGCGUGUCCACCACCACCGUGGAGAAUGGUUGGAGCUCUGCACAGGUUGACCAGCUGAUCCAGCGAGCUGCCAGACCUGUUGGAGGAGGAGAUGGCGGAAAGGGUCACGUGACAGUGACCCCAGCUGCACCAGAGGCCUACGUUUCCCCAGCAGAUAUCGAUGAUCUGUCUCCGCCCUCCUGCGCCCCGCCAUCCAUCCCUUCAAGCCCCCCAGCCCAGGUCAUCCUCCAGAGGGAGCCCCGGCUUGGCAUGAUGCCCCCUUCUCCUCCCAUCACGACCCAGCCCGGCUCCAUGGCCCACCCGGGCAAUGAGCUCACCUCCCCACCCCAAGCCAGCACGGAGCACCCAGUCACCAUGGUGUUCCUCGGCUACCAGGACGUUGAGGACACGAGCGAGAGCAGGAGGCUGCUCGGCUUCGACGGUGCCGUGAAGGCCGAGGUGGUCCUGAUCGACGAAGAUGACGAGAAAUCGCUGAGGGAGAAGACGGUCACCGACCUGUCCAUCAUCGACGGCACGGCGGCCGACCUCGUGUCGGGGCGGCCAGCCACAUCCGAGGCUGUCAGCACGGAACUGUCAUCUGACGGCCGUGAGCCUGACAGCGCCUCCUCGCCCCCCGCCAACCCCGACGCCAGCACGGCCCCCCCACCCAGCCUCACCCCUGCCACAGGUUAUAGCCCAACACAAGGGGUUACCAUGACAACAGCAAAUGGGUAUCAAGCCUCCAUUCCGGCCAGACAUCCUCACACUACCAUGAAAUCGUGGCGGGCAGCCGAGGAUGUCAGUGACACAGUACCAAGAGAGCGAGCCCUGAAGAGUGUCAGUUUCCAGGAAUCGGUCAGCGUUAUCACUGACAGGCCUGCAACCAUGGAACUGGAGAGCCAGCAGAUCCAACAUGGCUGCCUCAGCAGCCCCAGUAACCGAGCCCACAAUGCAGUUGGUGUGAAGGUGGAGACUCCUGACAACGAAGUGGUGCAGGAGAUCCGCUACUUGGACCAGGUUUUAGACGCCGCCUCAGAAACACCCACCAAUGGAACUUCUUCUCCGUCGGAGCACACCAGACCGAUCAGCAUCGACGGAAACUCUCCUUCUGUCUUCACGUCGCCCUCCUCUCCUGUCAGUCACCAGUCAAUCAUUGUAGAGGGGCAACGACAAACCACGUUCCUCCACCAGGAGGACCCGGCUGUGAAGACCAACGGACACGUGCAGGGAGAGGAGUCGGGACGCAGCGGGGCCAAGUUUGAGCUGAGAGCGUUUCAGGAGGAGAGACGACCGGCGAAACUCUUCACUCCUGGAGAGGAGCAGCAGGUCAGGGUGACGAGGAGGCGACCCACAGAGGAGGUUCAGGAGCUGGAGCGUGAGCGUCAGGAGCUCAUCAAAGACCAGGCAGUGAAGAAAAAUCCUGGGAUUGCCCAGCGCUGGUGGAACCCUCCUCAGGAGGUUCCUUUGGAAGAACAGCUGGACACAGAGCAGCUCGAGUCUCUCAAGAAAUACCAGGAGAGGAAACAGCAGAAACAGACCUAUCCACACACACAGCCCAAGGUGUCAGGUCCUCCCACCGUGGUGACCUUUGACCCGGAGCUAAACAGGAAGGUGGAUAUUGUGGAGGAACAGAUCGACUUCUCGUCUGCCAGGAAGCAGUUUCUGCAGGGAGAGGCAACCAAGAGAGAUGUAGCUCCUCACAUAUACUCUGCCAAACCCUUCUCGAAAACCGUAACCAGGGGCAGCCAGGGGAGCAGUGACCUUCCUGCAGAAACAGGAGAUAGUCACGUCACCUGGUCUGAUGAAGGUCUGGCAGGAGAAUUUACUUGUGCACGAGCUGUUAUGACAAUCCUGCGUGAGGAGGAAGAAGCGAAGGGCCACUUCCAUCCAUCAUUUCACCCAGAGGAGUCCGACUCAGGAUUAGACGAGCUGUCUGUCCGCUCUCAGGACACCACUGUGUUUAGCUUGGAUAAUGUAUCCGACAGCGGGGCUUCGCUGCCACCUACCCCGCUGCCACUCACCCCGGUGUCACCGCCCACCCCUCAGCCCACCACGCCAGUCAAUGGACAGAGCAGCGGCGGUCCAACAGAAGAUGAGCUGGAGUACCACGCAGGGGUACUCGUCCAAAAUGCCAUCCAGAAUGCCCUGGCAGCUCAGAACGGAGAUGAGUGGCAGCCGUCUGACUUGAAUUCUUCACAGCUGAGCACCCCCGUGUCUCCAUCCUCAGCUUCUACAAACAGCCCAGUGCCAGUUUCUUCCUCUCCCGUGUCUUCUGGUGGAGCUCCCAGUCUCCAAUCACCUGUGUCCUCCAGUCCUGCUCCAUCCAACCUGUCCCCUCCACCAGAGAGACGGUCAGAGGUGAGAGUCGUUUACCAAGAGAAGACAUCAGAAUCACAGCAGGCUCAGCAGCAGCAGCAGCCCUCCAGUCCAGCCCAACAACCACACCUCCAGACGCCUUCUCCACCUCCUCCUCAGCCAAUCUCGCCACCACAGAGACCCAAAGAUGGAGGCCCCAGGAUCAAAAUCCAGUCCUCUUACGCCAGAGCUCUCGCCUCCUCGGCCCCAGCCCCAGCUCCAGCUCCAGCUCCGGCUUCUGCCACAGCAGCUCCAGUUCCCAGGCCAACCCCAGUCUACCGUCCCCCUUCUCCUCCAAGCCCAGAGAAAACAGAGUUCAGCUACUUCAGCAAAUACUCGGAGGCAGCCGAACUGCGCAGCACGGCGGCAACAUCACGAGCCCCUGAGGCUGAGCCAGCCAGCGGCCCAUUCCGCCUGCGCUCCAAGAAGCAGCGAACUCUGUCGAUGAUCGAGGAGGAGAUCCGAGCUGCUCAGCAGAGGGAGGAGGAGCUGAAGAAGCAGAGGGAGACGCAGCCAGUUGUCGCCGUCCGCCCCAGCAAUACCUCCAGCAGCGGUCAUGGUCUCGUGAGGUCCGGGAUGCGGCCAACCAUUUCCCCAGCAGAUAAGAUGAAGAGCAACAGCCUGCCAGCCAGACUCACGCUGACAGCGAGGACAGCACCAGGGAAGAUUGAAAAGGUUCGUCCUGCACAGCCCGUCUCACCCUCACCCUCAGAAGGAGCCCUGUCUGAUGCCGGCAGCGAGGACUCUGGAGGAUCACGGCCUAAAAACUUCAUGCAGACACUGAUGGAAGACUAUGAAACACACAAGGUGAAGAGGAGGGAGAAGCUGGAGGACAACAGUUAUGCCCGUUUGUUGCUGGCUAACGAGGUAACCAACGAGGUUCUUGAGGCCACUCGUGUCACCAGGAGGAAAAGCGACAUGGCACGGAAGUGGGAAGCCGGUAUCUACGCCAACGAGGAAGGGGAGGAAGAAGAGGAGGAGGAAGAAGAGGAGGAGGAGGAAGAAGAGGAGUAAACAGCUCCUGAAGGAGACAGUUGCGGGACCGAGUGGAGAGGAGAAGGAAGCGAAGGAUGAGGGAGAGGGAAAAGGAAACAGUAUUUAUUUUACUUAUAGUAUUCUGAUGAUCACACGACCCACUGGCUCGACCAAUGGGGCUCAUCGAGGAGAGGCAUCAAGCUGUGGUGUUUGGACCUGAAGAUUGAAGGCGCAGCAGCAUGUUGAGUGACUGAGUAUGUGAGAGACAUUUGAAGUGUUGAGCUGAGUUUGGAGAAAGAAGAGACACUUUGAAAGGUUUCAUUGGUGGUGUAGGAGUGCCGGUCAGAAGUGUACUUGGGAUGAAAGGUUUUACUAGUUUGUAGACGCUGAAUGACUUUAAUAUUCAUAGGAUUUUACAUUUACCUGUAAUUGUUUUUAAAUUGAAAUAUGGGCUGAGAUCUACAGAUUUUAUUUUGAAAGGUUGCCUGAGACUUAUAUGGUGAUGGUUUUGGCAAUGGGUGCUUGAUAAUAACCCCUGUCAUCUUGAAAAUGUGUGGGGGAAAAAGACAAGCAAGUUGUUCAAGAAAGGAGAAAAACAAGGCCUAAUCACACACCCAGACAUCCACUUUCACCUGGAUUUGAUGAUGCUGCAUGAAUCCGGCUGCCAUCUUUGAACCAAAUGGGACUCAAAGCGUCACCCUCAGUUUUACCGUCUGCGUCCUGCAGUGCCACAGCACACCACAGCACAGAUAACACACACAUAUAACGUGGCGGUUGGCGCUUUCGCAGUCCUUUCAAGCAUCUGUAUUAAAUCUUAAGUGCCGACUCGGGGGUCAGCAACCUCGAACUUAGUGAAUGCUAGCGAGGAAAUGUGCAACAUUAGCAUUAUGUUCUUCAACUUUGCCUUAGACCAGUCAGUAAUUUGUCAGGAUGCACGAUAUGUAUGAUGUAUUUUAUCUUCUCCUGUUUCAGUAGACCAUAGAGAAAAAUACACAGCCACAUUAGAUAGAAAGACUAUAAAACACUUUUUUCUUCAGUGAUUUCACGUCUAUGAAGUGCUGUAAGUUCAAUUAGGGGGAGUUUUAAACAACAAAUUGGGAAAGAGGUCAUAUUUGCAUCACUUCGGUCAGCGUGUAUGUCCAUUAAAGGGCUGGGUCGGGGGUUUUAUAUUCUAUGAAAUCACUUAUUUUACCGUUUCUGGCUACAUCGCUUUUGUUGACCUGUGCUUUCUGAUGUAAGCAGUCGUUUUGGUGUAUUAUACUGAGGUAGGACUGUGUAUUUGAUAUAUGAACAUGUAUGUUGAGAUUCCAGUGGGGCGACUGCUUUUCUUGUAUCUAUUAUACCUUGCUAGCUGAGGAUAAAGUUUUGAUGAGAAAUAUUGAAAGAGCUUUUUAUAGAAAAAAAAAACAAAAAAAACAAAAACAUUGUUAUACCAAAACAGAAUGUUGUUAUUUAGUCAGACUGCGCUCUCAAGUCUGUUUAAGAAGUAUUGAUUGUGUGCAUGACAUCGCACUCCUUCGCUGACCUGAAACAAGCACACAACAAGCAGGAAGGAGAAGGCAACUGACUAUCAGUGGGACACAACAAUACAAAAGCAGGCUGAACGUCUCUGAUGAGUUGAGAUUGUUGUGUUUUGUUUUUUUUAAUAUAGCGUUGACUUUGCAGGACGAUGUUAAUUUCUGUUUUGUAGGAUGAACGAAAAAAUAACCGCAAUACAAGCCUCUAUGAGUGUGGUGAUACUGUGGAUUGUCCAGGUGUAGCAAACAAAGUUCAGCUUUCAAAAUAAAACAGUGAACGCUAAGGAUCAUCUGACAUAACACUAAUACCGAUUAUUAGUAUUCAAAGAGACCGAUAACUAAUAAUGGAAACCGAUACACAUUAGGUGUGCAUACAGUCAGCGUUUAGAAUAGAAUCCUUAAGUACAAUUUUGAGGUAAUUGUACUUCUGCUUCCAUUUGGCACUACUUUUUACUUCCCCUCCACAACAUUUAGGAGGCAAAUGUUGUACUCUUUACUCCACUACAUUUAUUUGAGCUAGUUACUAGUUAUAUGUGGCUACAGACAAACAGAGGCAGCCGCAUCAGAGCCAAAGUAGUGCAUUUUCAAAUACAUUUAUCUUUUCAGUAAUCAAACAAAAAAUACAGAUUCUGAAAAUCAGAAAAAUGCUAAAUCCAGUGUUUCCCACACGUAGACUUUACUUGGGUGGGUCACCGAGGUAUAUGAACUUUGGUGACCCAUUUAAGCAUUUUAUAGUUUUUUUUUUUUAUCCGUCCAAGAUCAAUUAACUAGCCUUCUCUCUUCCCCUCCUGUCUAUUGUCAACCACACAUGCUUUGCAGAGAGAGGUGUUACUGCACAUCCUUCUGUAAAUGCAGUGAUUGUAGGCUUACUUAAUGCUCACCACAGGUACAGGUCUGAGGGAAACACUCAUAGCAGAUCCAAUAGUCGGCCUUGGUAAAGACGUUGACACAAAAUCAUAAAGCAAUCCCUGGAGCCUCCGGAACGGUCCUUGUACAAUAAUAGUAGAAAUCUGUCAACAAACCGGACUUUUGAACCACUUUAGCUGAAAAGUAGCAAAAUGACUCCUUCACUAGCUUAUUUUAUUGAAGCCUCUGAGAUUAUUUUUUCAGGAGGAUGGUGAGAGAAGAUUCCAGUUGUGAUCACCACAUCUGUUAGCGAGGCCUGUUCAAGUGUCCUUCAGCGAGGCACUGACCUUCACCGGCCGAACGCCUGAUGUAUAACAGUACACUGAGGUAAACUCGCACAACAUAUGACAAAUAAAGUAUUGACACAUACUAACCCCUUGACAACAGCAACUUUCCUUUAUAUUUAUUGGGACCAUCCCAUCCUGCGCGCAUGACAAGUUUCUCUUCAUAAAAAUUCUCUGACUCUUAUUUAAUUACCUCUUGCGAUGUGCUCUCUGAGGGAAAAAUGCAGUGCCACUAACCUCACUAACCAGAAGUGAAAACCAAGGUCUCGUGCCUCUUGUCAUGCGUCCGUUUCCCCCUGAAACAAAAAAGCCCGCACUGGUUCCUCAGAAUCGUUCUUGUAAUUGUUCUAAUACACAUGCAAUAAUAUAUAAAAUGAUGAAAGUAUUUAAAGGACUAGUGUCCCUUUUUAUGAGACGUUUUUUGUGGUGCAGCAGGGACAGUUAACUUAGUGUAGUUUGUCGUCCAGGGGUCGGGAACAUGAUCCAAGGUGUCAGACGGUAUUGAAAGCACUUGCUUUACUGCUAUGUUGAUGCAUCCUCGCGGUUUUAGAGGAAUCAAGACAUUGUUUUUCAGGAUGAAUGUCAGGUGCAGAUCCUUUCUAAUGAAUGAUAGUUUCACAGUGGCCUAUUCUGGGUGCCACCUGAGUGUCCGCUGUGUCUCUCUGCGCUUCAUCCACGGCAUGAUUCGAGUUUUAAGCAACACAAGCAGAUGUAGCUGCAGCCUCAUGUCGUAAAAACUCUCUUAUUGUUACACAAAAACCCCAAGAACAUUUUCAGUUCUCAUUAAAGAAACGCUACAGAAAUUGUGCACCCGCAGAGGAGAUAAAACAGUGUGAUUUAUUAUCAUUAUUAUUAUUAUUAUUAUUAUCAUUAUUACUAUUAUUAUUAUUAUUAUGCUUUUGUUGUUUGAAUCCAUGGUGCAGAGGUGAUUUAUUUAUCAUUUUUUGAAAUGCUGGUAGCUUGUUUUUUCUUUCUGCCCGCAGAAGCUGCAGUGUGGGACUCGCACUGUCUGUGUGUGAUGAAGCAAUCCUAUUAUACAGUAUACACAGUAUAGCCUCUGUUCCUAUGUUAACCACUUGUAAUGCUCAUACUCUGCUUACUGUUAUUUUAUAGCACAUGUAAGGCUCACAGUUAUACACCUACUAUACAUAUUAUGAAUAUUUUCUCAUUAAAAACAAAACCUGUACACGCGGGA